AGCAAACAAAUAUUAUUGGCAAAUGUAUUUUUUGAUUGGAACGAAGCUGUUUUGGAAUUUUCUGGUCCAUCAUACAAAGAAUGCUACUACCAGUACACUCAUCUUCAGGAAGAAGAUUUUUACACGAAAAUGUUAUGUUUAGAUUGUGGUAAUAGCUUGAGAAAUGCUUAUAUACUAGUGGAGAAAGCAUUGGCAUCCGACUUAAAAUUAAGAAAUUAUAAAUGUGAAAUUAAAACAGAUAAUCUAUUACAAAUUGAAAAGGAGGAAGUAAAGCUAGUUGAUUGGAAGCAAACGUUAGCACAUGAACUAAGUGUAAAAGAUCAACAAUCACAAAUUAUAGCAGAAAAUCCGUUACAAUUUAAAGAAGAAAAAGAAGAAGAAAUAGUACCUGAUAUUCAAGAUUCACUGAACCCAAAUAUUGAGGAUACUCUUAAUACAAUCAAGAAUGAAAAUGAAUAUAUUUUAACGGAAGCUAUAACUGUAAAUAAGUUAUCGGAUGAAGAAUUAUUUGAUGUUAGUAUACAGAAUUCGGAUUCAGCACCUAAAUCGGAGGUCAAUAAAAAAUCCAAGAGUGCCGUCAAAAAAAAGAAGAAAUUGACAUUAUUGUGUUCCCACUGUCCCAAAAUUUUUAACACUCGGGCACAUUUGAUUAAUCAUGAGAAAACUCACGAUCAAGAUCGAAAACGUACGGAGAUUUGCACUAUAUGCGGCUUAAAAUUGUAUGACAAAUAUACAUUAAAAAUGCACAUGGAGAUUCACGAUGACAAUAGAAUACGCAAAUACAAAUGUGAAUUUUGUCCAAAGGCAUUUUUUGCGCGUGGUGGACUUAAUAUUCAUAGGCGCAUACAUUUAGGACAAAUGAUAAAAUGUAACUUUUGUCCUAAAGAAUUUUAUCGUCAAAUUGAUCUGGAUCAUCACAUGAAAAGUCAUGACGUUACGCCUUUAACAUCAGACACUGGCAUAGAACCAAGAGUUAGAACAAAAUAUUUUAUGAAAUGUGAUAUUUGUGGUAAUAAAAUCAAUAGGAAUGAAUGGAAACAUCACAAAGCAAAGCAUUUGAACCAGCCUACAUUACAAUGUUUGAUUUGCAGCAAAACAUUUUUUCCUCAUUCAAAGGUUAGUCGUCAUCUUCGACAAUGUCACGAUAUUCAAAGUAAUGAAUGUGACAAGUAUUUAAUAAAAUUGGAUAAUAAAUUUGAACCACGUCUUUCUAGUUUAAUGAUAGAACAAAAAAUAACGGAAGUAUAUACAGAAAAAUAAAUAAAAUAUUAAAACUAUGAUGCAAA